CUGACGUCACGGCUCAGCUGCUGUGGAAGGAAGGGAAGAGAAGUGGAGGCGGCUUCGUGAUGGACGUGCAAGUGGCGCCGCUCCGCUCCUGGGACGACUUCAUCCCGGGCCACGACCGCUUCGCUGUCCCGGACUUCAAAGACAUCUCCAAAUGGAACAACCGGGUGGUCAGCAAUUUCCUCUACUACCAGACCAACUACCUGGUGGUGGCGGCCACGGUGAUCUCCAUUGUGGGAUUUCUGAAUCCGCUGAGCAUGAUCCUCGGUGCUGCCGUGGUGGUCCUGGUGUUCCUGGCGUUUGUGUGGGCAUCUCACAACAAAGACUUCAUUCGCAAGUUUAAGAAGCACUACCCCUUUGCCUUUGUCAUCGCUAUUAUUCUGUUGAGCUACUUCCUGAUCUCCUUUUUUGGAGGCGUCAUGGUCUUCAUGUUCGGAAUUACAUUUCCUCUGUUCUUGAUGUUUGUUCAUGCUUCCUUGCGGCUUCGGAACAUAAAGAACAAACUGGAGAACAAGAUGGAAGACAUUGGCUUGAAGAAGACUCCGAUGGGCAUUAUCCUGGACCUUCUUGAACAGCAAGAAGAAGGUUUCACUAAGCUGGCUGACUACCUGGCUAAAGCGAAAGAAUAAAUAUGCAUGCUGCUUGUUGUUCUUAGCUUGGGGAAGUAUUUGGUCACGUCCAACAUCACUUUUCAGUCUGUGAGUGUAAUAAUGCACAGACCGCAAAGCUGACAUUUGGCAAAAUGACAUCUCAUUAACUUUUUUGGGGGCACCUCUGAGCAAGGUGGAGAGAAGACAUUAUACACAAAUGCAUUUGAUAGUUCACAGCACUCGCUUGUUUCCCAAGGGAUGGGAGAGGGGAUGAACAACAGGGAAUGCCUUCUCCAAAACUAUUUAUAUUUUGGUGUUUUUUCAGAAGUCUGUAUUUUAUGGAAACACUUCAGAUGCAAAGCAGCACUUCUUUUUAGCCUCCAUGUAACCAGGAUGACAUCACACUGACCUCAAACUAAUAUGAACUAGGCUAGAGAAUGAGCAAUGAUAGCUCUUGGCUCCCAGGUUGAGUGGCUGUUGAAUCUAGUUUGGGUUUUAGCCUUGAAUUUUAAAGGAGUUAGCUAAGGUAGUGAACCCUGUCCCACAAACUGAUUCAAAACCUUAUAUAGCUCCAUUGAAAUUCAGAGUAAAGUCUAGUGUCAUGCCCUGACUGCAGACACUCCAGCCUCCGUUGCAUCUUAAUGAACCUCUUGAGUGGUCUAUAUUUUCAAAAGGAGAAGUGGAGACUCUCAGUUUAGUCAAAGGACAUUUAUAUUUUCUUGUGAUAAAUCUGGAUUUUUCCCCUCCUGUUUACCAACUGAACCUUUAUUUUUUGCACAAAACUUCCAAGUCUACAUAGAUAACAUCUAGCAAACAGACAUUCCUUCAGUAAACCUAUGGAGAGUGAUCAUAUUUAAAGGCCAAGUCAUAUAACAAGACAAACAUGAUUUUCUCUGCAUGCCACAUUCAACUGCUCUACAUGCUUUGAUAUAUAUAAUAGUUACGUAUGUAUUUAACUUUGCAAAGCUUGGGAUCUGCUGUUAAAUUUAAUUAUGAAUCUUAACAGUAUUUGUUUAGUCCACCGUGAUAAAUAUAUAUAUAUUUUAAAGAAAAAUGAACUGGAAAGUAGAAGUUUAAUUUUUGAUGUCAUCUCAUACUUGUAUUUGGGAUGGGGCUAUUCAGCCAUUCUCCUCCUGUCUCAAAGGGGAUGAAACAGUUCAAGAUACCUUCAUCCAUCAUGUGUUAAGCACCUCUUGAAUAUAAUUUCAGUGGAAUUAAAUUUCAUGUAAGAAAAAUAGUCAAAUCCACACUGCAUAUCACACACUCCCUAUUUUUCCUUUUUCUGUAUUUUUCUCCAUAGAGUUGUUACAGUGGCAGAGAAUAUGUGGCCUUCCAGAAGUGUUUGGACUGCAUUUCUUAUCAGUAUUAGCCAGCUUACUUGACCAGAAGAGAUAAUGAGAGUUGCAGUUCAACUUCAUCUGCAAAGCCACAUGCUCCCUGUCCUUCUAUUGUUUAGGUAGUAAAUAUCCUCAGGUCUCCCUUCACAAACCAUGGACUUUUUCCCUUUUGAACUGAGAAUUGUAACAUCUCAUUCCAUAUUUUACUGUUACAUGAUUGAUAUUUUGUUGGAAUUAUGUCUCUAGAUUCCAGGAUUAAAGAUAAAUAAAUUGGUCUUGAUAUGUA